CCAACGGUCCAUGUCAUAAGGUGUACGAAAUCCAAGGGCUUUUCAAGCGCACCACUAACCUUCACGAGCCCAUCGAGAUGCGUCUUCCCAGAUCCGCAGCAAGUCUUCCUCGCUAAGUUUAUUCUCCCCCAAAACCUCUCCUGUAAAAAAUUCUGGAAUAAAUGGCUAUCCGGUGAUUGGAGGCAUUCAAUAGGCAUGGAGUCCGAACUCAAAGAUCUCAAUCCGACGCAAGGCGAAGCCAAUCCCCAACCGCCGCAAUCGCCGCAAAGAUCCGAGCCCACCCACGACGAGGGCUCGAGCAAAGACGACCGCCCGCUUCUCAAGCCCGAGCCCGCCCCCGUCUCCCACGAGAGCCUUCAAGAGCUCGAGAAGAAAUUCGCAGCGUACGUUCGGCAUGACGUGUACGGACAAAUGGGACGCGGCGAGCUGCCAUUGGAGGAGAAGGUCCUGCUCGCAAUCGCGCUGGUGACGCUCGUGCCGUUGCGCGUGGUGGCGGCGAUGACCAUAUUGCUGCUGUACUACACGAUUUGCCGGAUUUGCACGCUGUUCUCGGUGCCGAAUCGGGAGGAGGGCGACCAGGAGGACUACGCGCACAUGGGCGGGUGGAGGAGGAGCGUGAUUAUCCAGUGUGGGAGGGCCCUCUCCAGGGCCAUGCUUUUCGUUUUUGGGUUUUAUUGGAUCAACCAGACGUACCGGAUUCCUAAUAGUCACGACAAAUCAUCCGCCGUUCAGAAUGAAGGAAAAGAUGAGUCCGAUGUGCCUGAAAGACUUGGGGCAAUUAUAUCAAAUCAUGUAUCCUACAUAGAUAUAUUGUUUCACAUGUCUUCCUUCUUCCCGAGCUUUGUUGCUAAGCGAUCAGUGGCUAAACUUCCUCUAGUAGGCCUCAUCAGCAAGUGCCUCGGUUGUGUUUACGUCCAGCGGGAGUCAAAGUCAUCUGACUUCAAGGGUGUUUCAGGUGCUGUGACUGAAAGAGUUAAAGAAUCUCAUCAAAAUAAGUCUGCUCCAAUGAUGAUGCUUUUUCCAGAAGGGACAACUACAAAUGGAGACUACCUCCUGCCAUUCAAGACAGGUGCAUUUCUACCAAAAGCGCCGGUGCUUCCAGUGAUUCUAAGAUAUCCUUACCGAAGAUUUAGUCCUGCCUGGGAUUCAAUAUCUGGGGUGAGACAUGUCAUUUUUCUACUCUGUCAAUUUGUAAAUCACUUAGAGGUGGUACGAUUACCUACUUACUACCCCUCAGAGCAAGAAAAGGAUGAUCCAAAACUUUAUGCUAGUAAUGUUAGAAGGUUGAUGGCAAGUGAGGGUAAUUUGAUACAGUCAGAUAUUGGGCUGCCUGAGAAGAGAAUAUAUCACGCUGCUCUCAAUGGUAAUAAUAGCCUGCCUAGUGUUUUGCAUCAGAAAGACGAUUGAUAAUUUCAUGGCUUCGCUCCCAAAUGAUAUCUUGUGCCAGUUUGUUAUCUCAAUGCUAAUUCGGAUUCGCCGUCUGUAUAUUCGUCGUAUAAUUCUACUAUUAGAAAAAAUGAAAUGAAAUUUAUUCUGAAAAUUAUGUGAUGAAUGAGUAUUGUUUUUGUCCGAUCAGUUGACAUGUACUUAUCUAGUAUUAGAGCAGGCCGUUCUCUGAUGUUUGAAGAUCCUGGAAGAUUAUUCUGUUUGACUUAUGAGGUGACUUAGGUGCUUCUCGUUGCUGCUGCUGCUGAAUAUUCAAUGUCUUCGUAAUUGUUAAAACUUGGGGUUUGUUUGAAGGAUUAGGAUUUUCUCCAUUUCAAGCGAAAUUGAGAAGAUUCAUUUCAUGAUUCAUAUUAGAUAGAUCAAGUAGUGUAAAUGUUGUCACAUCAUUUAAAUUUUAAAUGGCAAUUUAAAUGACAUGACACCAUUUUAUUUUUAAGGGCCUGAGCGGGUCAGAUAAAUACAAUGCACAAAGUGCCCUUGUUAAGUUAUUUUUGAAUAUCAAAUUCUUAAUUCUUUUUAUUUUUAA